AUGUCAACAGCCACUAACCCAAUAAUAACUUCAAAUAACCAAGCAAAAGUCAUAGUUGGCUCUUCGCGCUCAGCCCGAAUGAAAGGCAUCAAAGGUCUUCUAGUCGGCUCCUGCUUCACUGCCGUGCUCUGCAUUUCUUCUUGUAUCUCUGUCUUCUUUAUGCUUUAUGCGUCCAUCCGGGACAAGAUUCCAGCAAAUGCCGAUAAGUCCUACCAGCAAUUGCACACACUACUGGGCGGCGGUCUACUAAUCUUUAUGAUAGCAGCAUUGCAUUACCUUUACAGCACGUGCUGUCUGUCCCAAAAACGCGGAGCUCUUCUGAUGGCUAUAGUUUGGGCUCUUAUUGGCUUCGGGCUAACCAUAAUACAAACCCAUUGUCUACUCCGCGUCGCCAUUAAGUUAGAGGGGAACUCCAGCAACGAAUUCCUCUUCUUUAUCGCAUGCAGGGUUGUUUUGACCAGCAUGGGGCUAUUGUUUGCUAUCUUUUCGGCGUUCAGUCUGCUCGAAGCGGCGCGACGAAGUGGAUGGCGCCUCAUUAACAACUCGUGUAGUACUAGCAUACUUAUUGCAGGAGUAAUAUUCAUGCUCUGUGUUCUAGGACACUGGGACGGUGUCGAGGCUGCUAUCCUUAGCUAUCCUGUUAAUCGAUUCCUUUCGCAACUCACUCCCUCCGCCCUCCGAGACGUCUUAGCACAAGCAGCAAACUACACGCGCCAACACAUUGGUGCUGGAAAAGAUUAA